UCUCUCUCUCUCUCUCUCCGGUUGCUACCAAAUAGCAAUAGUACAAUUCAACAUCUUUUUUUAGUUUCAGCUUUUUCAUUUCUCUCUCCAUUCUCAAUUCCCACAGAUCUGAAUCACUGUUUACACUGUUCGCGCCUUUGACCUUUCAACUCUCUCUCUAUCUCUCUCUUCUUUCUCUCCAUUGGUCCUUCUUCCACUAGAUCCGGACCAUCCUAAUCGGAGCUCCAUACCCGUUUUUGUCGCUUCUCUGCGCGGAUCUAGCUAGAGAGAUUGUGAUUGGAUCGGAAGAGGUAGAUUCAAGAUGACUUCGAGCACGAUCCGGAAAGCGAUUGGUGCGGUGAAGGAUCAGACGAGUAUUGGAAUUGCGAAGGUGGCGAGCAACAUGGCGCCGGAGUUGGAGGUUGCGAUUGUGAAAGCGACGGGACACGAUGAAGAUCCGGCGAGUGAGAAGCAUAUAAGGGAGAUCUUGAACUUGAUGUCUUAUUCGCGUGGUUAUGUUCACGCGUGUGUUUCGGCUGUUUCGAAGCGUUUGGGGAAGACGCGCGAUUGGAUUGUGGCGUUGAAGGCUCUUAUACUUGUUCAUCGUUUGAUGAAUGAUGGAACACCGAUCUUCCAGGAAGAGAUCAUGUAUGCUACCCGUAGGGGAACAAGGCUUUUGAAUAUGUCUGAUUUUAGGGAUGAGGCUCAUUCUAGUUCUUGGGAUCACUCUGCUUUUGUUAGGACUUAUGCGAUGUAUCUUGAUCAGCGACUUGAGUUGAUGUUGUUUGAUAGAAAGGCUGGUAGUGUUGGUGGUGCUGGCAUUGGUGGCGGUGGCGGUGGAGAUGAGAGGUUUGGUGGAAGAGAAAAUUACAGGUCGCCACCAAAUGAAUAUGAGUAUGGAGGAGGUGGACAAUAUAGAGGGGAAGGUGGGAUGAGGAAGACAAGGUCGUAUGGUGAUGUGAAUGAAGUGUCGGGGAAUGAUGAUAGAAGGAUUGUUACUGUUACCCCUUUGAGGGAUAUGAAGCCAGAGAGGAUUUUCGGUAAGAUGACUCAUUUGCAGAGGCUCUUGGAUCGUUUCUUGGCUUGUAGGCCAACUGGCUUGGCCAAGAACAGCAGGAUGGUUUUGAUUGCCCUGUAUCCCUUGGUUAAGGAGAGCUUUCAGUUGUAUGCUGAUAUAUGUGAGGUUUUGGCUGUGUUGCUUGAUAAAUUCUUUGAUAUGGAGUAUCCUGAUUGUGUGAAGGCGUUUGAUGCUUAUGCAAGUGCUGCCAAACAGAUUGAUGAACUGCUUGCCUUCUACAAUUGGUGUAAAGAUAGUGGCUUGGGGAGAUCCUCUGAGUACCCAGAAGUUCAGAGAAUUACUAGUAAGUUGUUGGAGACGCUGGAGGAGUUUGUGAGGGAUAGGGCCAAGAAGCCAAAGAGUCCAGAGAGGAAAGUGGAAGCUCCAAAGCCGGAAGUACAAGAGGAGGAACCAGUACAGGAUAUGAACGAAAUCAAGGCACUGCCUCCACCUGAGAACUAUACCCCGCCUCCUCCUCCGGAGCCGGAGCCUACACCAAAGCCACAGUUUACGGAAGACUUGGUGAAUCUUAGGGAGGAUUCAGUCACUGCAGACGACCAGGGUAAUAGAUUUGCUUUGGCACUCUUUGCUGGUGCACCGGCUAAUAAUGGAAAUGGAUCGUGGGAAGCCUUUCCAUCAAAUGGACAGCCAGAAGUAACUUCAGCUUGGCAAACCCCUGCCGCAGAACCUGGGAAAGCUGAUUGGGAAUUGGCGUUAGUUGAGACAGCCAGCAAUUUAUCAAGGCAGAAGAAUGAUUUAGGUGGUGGGCUUGAUCCCCUAUUGUUGAAUGGUAUGUACGAUCAAGGAAUGGUAAGGCAGCAUGCUAGCACCUCCCAACUUAGUGGAGGGAGUGCAAGCAGUGUGGCAUUGCCAGGACCGGGAAAGACCACAACACCUGUUUUAGCUCUCCCAGCCCCAGAUGGAUCUGUGCAGGCAGUUAAUCAGGACCCAUUCGCUGCAUCAUUGAACAUUCCACCACCUUCCUAUGUGCAAAUGGCUGAAAUGGAGAAGAAGCAGCAAUUGCUUGUGCAUGAGCAGCAGCUGUGGCAUCAGUAUGCAAGGGAUGGUAUGCAAGGCCAGUCUAGCUUGACCAAAUUGAAUAAUGGUACUGGAUACUAUGCUGGAGGUCCCAUGCCUUAUGGAAUGCCCCCAGUUCAUGGAAUGGGACCUCCAAACGGGUAUUACCAUACUCCUCUCUGAUAAAACACUUUAUUUUUUUGCCACAUAUCUAUAGGUUGUUUCGUUUAUUUUUUACUAUGACAUAGUGUUUUCAUUUGUUUUAAAUGGUGUCAUCUUAUUCUUGAGAUCUGCAUUUAGUAUGAUGGGAUGCAAAGGAGAGACAAUUGGAGGAAACAAUUUCUUGUUGGGUUUUGAUGCUGGGAGAUGUGUAACUCAAUUGUGAUGUCUCUGUGUAUUUUGUAAUAGUAACAUUUUCUUCUCGAUUUUGUACUUCAAGUGAUUCUUGCUCCUUAAAAAACAAUCGUUUAACUACUGUAAAUUUUAUAAAAUGCGGGUGCUGACGAUAUUGAUUGGUUAUGCAUAUUUCUGUUAUGGUAACA